UGGAAAAUGAAAUAAAAGAAUUUGUCUGAUAAAACACUUGCAGAUGAUGAAAUUGAUAUAUCUUCGCCGCAGAGACUCACUCCGGUAGCUGUUCUUUCAAGAAUGUUGAACAAUGGAGUGCGCAGCCUUCACACUUCCUGUUUGCGCUUUCCCUACGUGGCGGAGAGGCCUCUUUUCCGGUCAAUUUCGUACCGGGGAACUCGCCGGCGGCGACUUUUUGCGAGCUUCUGCUCUGCUUCAGCCACCGCCAAUAAGGAAAGGAAGGAGAAGGUGAUUGUUAUAUCUGGUCCGACUGGUGCUGGGAAGAGCAGGCUUGCUAUGGAGCUUGCUAAGCGUCUCAAUGGUGAAAUUAUCAGCGCCGACUCUGUCCAGGUAUAUCAGGGUCUUGAUAUUGGAUCUGCCAAGCCUUCUGCAAGGGAUAGACAGGAGGUUCCGCAUCAUCUGCUUGACAUACUACGUCCAUAUGAAGAAUAUUCUGCUGGUCAGUUUUUUGAGGAUGCUAGGCAAGCGACAAGAUGUAUCCUUGAUAAUGGCCGUGUUCCAAUAGUUUCUGGUGGGACAGGAUUGUAUUUAAGAUGGUUCAUGUAUGGCAAACCCAAUGUUCCGAAGGCCACCCCAGACGUUGCUGUAGAAGUAUAUUCUGAGUUAGCUGACCUGCAGAAAAAUGAAGACUGGGAUGCAGCUGUGCAAUUGGUUGUCAAAGCUGGUGAUCCUAGAGCGCAGCAUUUACCUACAAAUGAUUGGUACCGAUUGCGGCGUAGCUAUGAGAUUGUCAAGGCAAGUGGUUUACCUCCAUCUGCAUUUCAAGUUCCAUAUGACACUUUCAGACAAGGAUGUGGUUCUGGUGCAACAAGCAGCUUUCAGGAUGCUGACCAUUCAGUUGAAUCUUCUGUUGAUUCAAGUGAGGAAAUUAGCUCGAAAGAAUUGGAUUAUGAGUUCAUUUGUUUCUUCCUCUCUAGCCCAAGGCUCAAUUUGUAUAGGUCAAUUGACUUCCGCUGUGAAGAUAUGAUUUCAGGAAGUGAUGGGAUCUUAUCUGAGGCAACAUGGCUUCUUAAUAGCGGCCUUCUUCCAGAUUCAAAUUCUGCCACUCGAGCUAUUGGUUAUAGACAAGCUAUGGAGUACCUAUUAAGGUGUAGGCAACAAGGUGGAAGGAGUUCUCCAGGAGAGUUCUUUGCCUUUCUCUCUGGAUUUCAGAAAGCAUCUAGAAAUUUUGCAAAAAGGCAAUUGACUUGGUUUAGGAAUGAGCGGAUAUAUCACUGGCUUGAUGCUUCUAAACCCCUGGAAAAUGCACUCAACUUUAUUUAUGAUGCUUACCAUAAUGAAAGUGGAAAUAUCUCCGUUCCAGAUUCACUUAGAAUGGAGAAAGACAUUUCCAGUCACCGAGAGGCUUCGGAACUCAAGGCUUAUCGAGCGAAAAAUAGAUAUUUUGUUAAACGUGAAGAUUGUGCUGAUGUUUUGGAUUGGAUAAAAAGAACCCAAAGUGUUUACCAAGAUAAUCCUGUCGCUUGAACGAGUCGAUCUCGACCUCAUUUUUUUAUGCAAAGGAAUCAUACUUACCAAAAAAUCUUGCAGAUCUCAUUUGAGUUGUCCAUAAGUUCAGAAGUUUGAUAAUGCUGCUUCUCAAUAUCGGAUUUUCCCCCCCAUUUUUGGUCAUCUUAAAGAAGGCGAGCUUGAUUAUAUUCAGCGCUUGCAGUUACAGAACUCCAGAAUGAUGAGUUCCCAAUGACCAUUCAGUCUUCAAAGUGGUCAGUAUGCCUUAUUUUUUGGAGUUGGUCUAAUUUAUUUUGAGAUACUUAUAUCUUGUCCUAUGAACCAACCUGACUUUGAUGCUUUUUCUUUCUUUUUUUUUUUUUUGGUUAGUUUUGUUCUUUGAAUGAAUAGGAAUAUUAUGUAAAGUGAUAGUAAUAUUCUAGCAGAUUAAAGUUGCACACAUUCCCAUAAAAAGAUGACCAGAUGGCCUCAUUGAAAGGCAUCAGCCAUGGCCAAAGGGCAUCCAUCUCCUUUGCUGAUAAGAGCAAGAAAAGAAAAUGGUCCAAAAUCUUUUUCAAGGAUGCCCUUCACUUUAAUCAUCUUGUUUUGCCCACCAACACUAUGAACUUAUUUGGUUUUUUCA